GCCUUGAUCAUUCUUUUUCGGAGCCACCUCAUGCUCACCAUGCCCCUCUUAGAAAUCGGAAGGUCAAGUGCGACGAAGGCCGGCCCGCAUGCUUGCGCUGCGUGAGGACUCAUCGGACCUGCGGGGGCUACGGCGUCUGGGGAGGCGGCUCGCCUCUGCAUCCUGCUCGCCCCAGCCUCGCGGAACGAUUGCAGGUCGCCGGCCCUGUCGCCACGGCAAGCCGAGACGAGUGCACCCUCCUGGAAUGGUUCCGGUUCCGUGCCGCAACCAAGCUGAGAGGCCCCUUUGGCUCCCCAUUCUGGGACGCGCUUGUGAUGCAGGCUGGUGUAUCGGAGCCUGCCGUCUUUCACGCCGUGGUGGCCCUCUGCUCUGUCCACAAAGGGGGCUCCCAAGGCACACAGAGCACGAAGUUGACGAGCAGCCUCGAUCAGCGAGAGCGGUUUACGUUGCUUCACUACAGCAAGGCCAUCAACCACCUUCUCCAGCCCCAUUUCACUCCCACGAACCGAGCCUCUGUCCGAGUCACUCUAAUCGCCUGCAUGCUCUUUAUCUGCCUCGAGUUCCUCCAAGGCCGUUACAAGACCGGCAACGACCACCUUCGAAAUGGGAUCAGGUUGCUGGCCACGCUCCGAGGCGACGGUUCCACCCCGGAGUCGAGCCGAGAUGCCGCGGACGACUGGCUCACCGAAGCCUUCCUGCGCAUGAACCUGGUGGCGGUGCAGUUCGGCCAGGGGUGCUUGAUGCCCCCAAGCUUACCACGCCUCUCGAACGAUCGUCACAUACGGCUACCGCUGAUCACCUUUGCAUCAGUCGCGCACGCCAGAGACAGCCUGGACCAUCUGCUUUCCGUAAUCAUCCAUCUAACGGAACGUUGCCGUCAGAAAGAAGACCUGGGCAGUCUGGAAGACGCCAUCCCGGAUCAGCGCGACCUGGCCGACCAACAGCGUAUUAAGUCAGACCUGCAGGCAUGGCUGAACGCUUACCAGGCGUCCCGAGUUGCUUUCCACGCCCAACUAGACUCACUCUCCAGAGUCGGCCACUCGCUGCUCUACAUCUUCCACCUCAUGGCAACCAUCAUGGCGGACACCUGCCUCAAGCCGAGCAAUCAGAUGGCCUUCGACGCGCACCACCGCGCCUUCGCGUGCAUUAUCGACCGCUGCGUCGCCUUCCUGGCGCUCGUCCGGGCGUUCCACGCCCAGCAGGACCCCGCUUUCACGUCGUCGCUCUUCACCGCCGACGUCGGCUGGAUCCCGCCACUCUACUACACGGCUCUGCACUGCCGCGACCGCCGCCUCCGGCGCCGCGCCGUGCGGCUGUUGCGCACGAUCCCGAGCAGGGAGGGCAUCUGGGACGCCCUGUUCGCCGCCGCUGUUGCGCGGGAGGUCGUGCGCAUCGAGGAAGAAGGGGAGGGAGGCGGUGUGGUCUCUUCCUCGUCGUCGUCGUCGUCGUCGUUGUCGUCGUCGUCGUCGUCGUUGUCGUCGUCGUCGUCGUCGUUGUCGUCGUCGUCGUCGUCGACGGGGGAUGAUUCACCGGACUCGUGUAGCUGGUCCCAAUCCCCGAGCCCAGAGGUGGAAGUGUCUAGGACGCUGCCGGCGACGUCCAGGAUAUAUGACGUCCGGGUCGCGUUGCCGGACGGCCCCACGGGCAGGACGGUGUUGACCUACAGGAAGAGGACCGGCGACGGGACCUGCAUGGUGGUCUCCAAGGAAUUCGAUCUUGCUCCGCAGACUAGUCCUUCGGCGGAGAAGUGGGACAUGAUGGACGCGGAUGAAUAACGCUGCUGGCUGUGGAAUUGGCAAAAGUAUCCAUGCGAGGUUCGAAUUCGCCGAUACACGACUACCCUCGGGCCUAGGCCAGUGACAGGACGCAUUGGCUUGGAUCUCCUUGGUUUGUCUACAU